GAGGCAGAGGCACGAGGACCGGCAGACUAAACGCUCACAUCUGCAAGAGCAAGAGAGGGAGGAGAGUGCAAGAGAGAGCUUUUCAGUUCAUAAAGCAAGAGAGGACAAGAGCUGAGAGGAGGACGAGGAGGAGCAGCAGACACUGACAAAAGGAUGUAAAAGAGUGCGCAGGAUUUAUGACUCAUUCAGAGACUGAAGAAAAAGUUUGAUGGAGGAAAAAAACAUUCUGGAUCGCUGCGCUCCUACACCGCGCUGCACUUUCACAAACAUUUAAACCUGAAAGCUGUGCUGAAAUCUCUCCGCCAGGAAUAUUGAUGAGCCAAAUGAUCAACUACCCUGAAGUUAUCCCUUUUCAGGCGCAAUGACCACAUUCUCCACUUCCUUCCCCUUUUCAGCCUCUGCCUCAUCUAACUCCUCUCUUCCUAUCUCUACUUCCUUCAUGUCAUCCUUCUUGUCAGCCACCUCUCUUAGCCCCUCCUCCUCCUCUCCUUUCCUCAUCUCCUCACAAAACCAGACCAGUUGUUCGUUCGAUGACCCCACUCUCCGUCUGACGCAGGCGGUCCUAUACUCCCUGAUCUUCAUCUUUGGCCUUGUGGGUAAUCUCUUCGCCCUGUGGGUCUUCCUUUUCCUACAUUCAAGCCGCAACUCCGUGCGUGUGUUCCUCAUCAACUGUGCCGUGGCUGAUCUGGUCCUCCUGGCGUGUCUGCCCUUCCGGGUUUUCUUCCAUGUUAUGGGGAACAAGUGGUUUCUGGGAUAUGUGGCCUGCAAGAUGGUGGGCAACCUGUUUUAUAUGAACAUGUACAUCAGUAUUACGUUACUUGGGCUCAUCAGCUUGGACAGAUACAUGAGGUUGAAGGGCAAAGGCAGAGCUCGGAGAGGCAUGGAGUUGACGCUGUGGGGGCGCAGCCGUCCGUGGAGCUGGGUGGCAUGCGGGGCUCUGUGGGGUCUGUCGCUGGUUGCACUGGUUACCAUGAUCGCCAAAGAAGAGGACAUAGAGAACGGUAACAAAUGUUUCCAAUUCAAGCAGCGGGACAACAAAGCCAAAGGGAAAGCCUACUUCAACGGGGCGCUGGUGCUGUUGUUCUGGCUCGUCUUCCUCAUCCUGGUGGUCUCCUAUGCGAAGAUUGCGUCUCAGUUGCUGAGGGUGUCGAGGGACAAGCCGGACCUUCCCAACGCACAGCGGUACGGACGAACCGCCAAGAAGUCCUUCUUUGUCCUCUUCCUGUUCACCGUCUGUUUCGUGCCUUACCACGCCUUUCGCCCCGUCUACAUCCUCACCCAGCUCAGCAGCACAGAAUCUUGUGAAUACUUGGAGAGGGUGGACCGCACCAACGAGGUGAUGCUGUUAUUCUCCGCCUUCAAUAGCUGUUUGGAUCCGGUCAUGUACUUUCUGUUAUCCGGCUCAGUGCGCAAAACUGCCCUCCGAGCACUUGGACACCGACUUGGUCACCGGCUUCCCUUCCUAAACGAAGCAACAUCAAACAGCUCGACGACGGAGUUCAGACGAGCAUCUGUGCCUUUCCCUAAACCGGACACCCCCUCAGUCACCCCCAGAAAUAGUAUCUGUGUCAUCAACUCCAACCUCCGCCGCACAGGACUGACCACGCUUCCACCUACAGUGAUCACACGUUUGGACUGCAAAUAAUAUAGGCAUGAACACUGGUGAAAAAAAAUGUGUGACAAAAACUGGACUUGUUGGCUAAUUUUCUGUAAAACUGAGCAAAAGCAUUUCUACGCUUAAAAUAAAAUAAAAUAGUUUUUCUUACUAUUGAGCUAUUCUAACUGUGUUGGCUUCUGAACACCUGUGUUGUGUGGGAACCACUGUUUAAAUGCUUCAGUGACUUCUGUGACAGCAGCUUUGCGAAGAAUGCAUGUUGUGGGUGCAUUUCCUAUCAGAGAGAAGGAAGUCAAAUGUGUAUUGUGGUAUUGAGGAACUGAGUGUAUUUGAUGAAU